GGGAGAGGGCCCGGGAGGCGGGCGCCGCGCCGCCCGCUGUCCUCUCCCUCGGCGCCGCCGCCGCCGCCGCCCGCGGGGCCGGGACCCGAUGCGGCGGGAGCCGCGCAGCCUAGAGGAGCCGGAGCGGCACUGUUUGGGGACAGCCAUAUUUCUGAUUUCAUAAAGUGGUUUUCUAUGUAAAGUUUGCAGAGGAUCAGAAAAUGCCUCCACGACCAUCUUCAGGUGAACUGUGGGGCAUCCACUUGAUGCCCCCAAGAAUCCUAGUGGAAUGUUUACUCCCUAAUGGAAUGAUAGUGACUUUAGAAUGCCUCCGUGAGGCUACACUAAUCACCAUCAAACAUGAAUUGUUUAAAGAAGCCAGGAAAUACCCACUCCAUCAGCUUCUGCAAGAUGAAUCUUCUUACAUUUUCGUAAGUGUUACCCAAGAAGCAGAAAGGGAAGAAUUUUUUGAUGAAACAAGACGGCUUUGUGACCUUCGGCUUUUUCAACCCUUUUUAAAAGUAAUUGAACCAGUAGGCAACCGUGAAGAAAAGAUCCUCAAUCGAGAAAUUGGUUUUGUUAUUGGCAUGCCAGUGUGUGAAUUUGAUAUGGUUAAAGAUCCAGAAGUCCAGGACUUCCGAAGGAACAUUCUGAAUGUUUGCAAAGAAGCCGUGGACCUGCGGGACCUCAACUCACCCCACAGCAGAGCAAUGUAUGUCUACCCUCCAAACGUCGAGUCUUCCCCAGAACUGCCAAAGCACAUCUACAACAAGUUAGAUAAAGGACAAAUCAUAGUGGUGAUUUGGGUAAUAGUCUCUCCAAACAAUGACAAGCAAAAGUACACUCUGAAGAUCAACCAUGACUGUGUGCCAGAGCAAGUCAUUGCUGAAGCCAUCAGGAAGAAGACUCGGAGCAUGCUGCUGUCUUCUGAGCAGCUGAAACUCUGUGUCUUAGAGUACCAGGGCAAGUAUAUUCUGAAAGUGUGUGGCUGUGACGAGUACUUCCUAGAAAAAUAUCCUCUGAGUCAGUACAAGUACAUAAGAAGCUGUAUAAUGCUGGGGAGGAUGCCCAACUUGAUGUUGAUGGCCAAGGAAAGCCUGUAUUCUCAGCUGCCGAUGGAUAGCUUCACGAUGCCAUCGUACUCCAGGCGCAUCUCCACAGCUACACCCUAUAUGAAUGGAGAGACCUCUACCAAGUCUCUCUGGGUUAUAAAUAGUGCGCUCAGAAUCAAAAUUCUUUGUGCAACCUAUGUAAAUGUAAAUAUUCGAGACAUUGAUAAGAUCUAUGUUCGAACAGGUAUCUACCAUGGAGGAGAACCCUUAUGUGACAAUGUGAACACUCAAAGAGUCCCUUGCUCCAAUCCUAGGUGGAAUGAAUGGCUGAAUUAUGACAUAUACAUUCCUGAUCUUCCUCGAGCUGCUCGCCUUUGCCUUUCCAUUUGUUCUGUUAAAGGCCGCAAGGGUGCUAAGGAGGAGCACUGUCCGUUGGCCUGGGGAAACAUAAACUUGUUUGACUACACAGACACCCUAGUAUCUGGGAAAAUGGCUUUGAAUCUCUGGCCUGUACCACAUGGGUUAGAAGAUCUGCUAAACCCCAUUGGUGUUACUGGGUCAAAUCCAAAUAAAGAAACUCCAUGCUUAGAGUUGGAGUUUGAUUGGUUCAGCAGUGUGGUGAAGUUUCCAGACAUGUCUGUGAUUGAAGAGCAUGCCAAUUGGUCGGUGUCCCGAGAAGCUGGAUUCAGUUACUCUCACACAGGACUGAGUAACAGACUAGCCAGAGACAAUGAGUUAAGAGAAAAUGACAAAGAACAGCUCCGAGCACUUUGCACCCGGGACCCACUGUCUGAAAUCACUGAACAGGAGAAAGACUUCCUAUGGAGCCACAGACAUUACUGUGUAACUAUUCCUGAAAUCCUACCAAAAUUGCUUCUGUCUGUCAAGUGGAAUUCCAGAGAUGAAGUAGCCCAGAUGUACUGCUUAGUAAAAGAUUGGCCUCCAAUCAAACCAGAGCAGGCCAUGGAGCUCCUCGACUGUAAUUAUCCAGAUCCUAUGGUUCGGAGUUUUGCCGUUCGGUGCUUGGAAAAAUACCUAACAGAUGACAAACUUUCUCAGUACCUCAUUCAGCUUGUACAGGUCUUAAAAUAUGAACAGUAUUUGGAUAACCUGCUUGUGAGAUUUUUACUCAAGAAGGCGUUGACAAAUCAAAGGAUUGGCCAUUUUUUCUUUUGGCAUUUAAAAUCUGAGAUGCACAAUAAGACUGUCAGUCAGAGGUUUGGCCUGCUGUUGGAGUCCUACUGCCGUGCCUGUGGGAUGUAUCUGAAACAUCUCAACAGACAGGUAGAGGCCAUGGAAAAGCUCAUCAAUCUAACUGACAUCCUCAAGCAGGAGAAAAAGGAUGAAACACAAAAGGUACAGAUGAAGUUUUUGGUUGAACAGAUGAGACAGCCAGACUUCAUGGAUGCUUUGCAGGGUUUUCUGUCCCCUCUAAAUCCUGCUCACCAACUAGGAAACCUCAGGCUUGAAGAGUGUCGGAUUAUGUCCUCUGCAAAAAGGCCACUCUGGUUGAAUUGGGAGAACCCAGACAUCAUGUCAGAGCUACUGUUUCAGAACAAUGAGAUCAUCUUUAAAAAUGGCGAUGAUUUACGGCAAGAUAUGUUAACCCUUCAGAUCAUUCGAAUCAUGGAGAACAUCUGGCAAAAUCAAGGCCUUGACCUUCGCAUGCUGCCUUAUGGCUGUCUGUCCAUUGGGGACUGUGUGGGGCUUAUUGAGGUAGUGAGAAACUCUCACACCAUCAUGCAGAUCCAGUGCAAAGGAGGCCUGAAGGGGGCGCUGCAGUUCAACAGCCACACACUGCAUCAGUGGCUCAAGGACAAGAACAAAGGCGAGAUAUAUGAUGCGGCCAUUGAUCUGUUCACUCGGUCGUGCGCCGGGUACUGUGUGGCGACCUUCAUCUUGGGGAUUGGAGAUCGGCACAAUAGCAACAUCAUGGUGAAGGAUGAUGGACAGCUGUUUCAUAUAGAUUUUGGGCACUUUUUGGAUCACAAGAAGAAAAAAUUUGGCUAUAAACGGGAACGUGUGCCAUUUGUUCUGACGCAAGAUUUCUUAAUAGUGAUUAGUAAAGGAGCCCAAGAGUACACAAAGACCAGAGAGUUUGAGAGGUUUCAGGAGAUGUGUUACAAGGCUUACCUAGCAAUUCGGCAGCAUGCCAACCUCUUCAUCAACCUUUUUUCAAUGAUGCUUGGCUCCGGAAUGCCAGAACUGCAGUCCUUUGAUGAUAUUGCAUAUAUCCGAAAGACUCUAGCCCUGGACAAAACUGAGCAAGAGGCUUUGGAGUAUUUCACAAAACAGAUGAAUGAUGCACAUCAUGGCGGCUGGACAACAAAGAUGGACUGGAUCUUCCACACCAUCAAGCAGCAUGCAUUGAACUGAGAUGGGAGCUGCGAACUGCAAGCUGGUGCCCGGCUUCUCCACUGCAUGGCAGUGAGUGGCAGCAGGCAGACAGUGGCAUGGGGAUGACACAGUCAGGAACAACAUUAGGACUUGAGCAAGAACAGAAACAACAUGCUCUAUAAUUAAAACACUGUCCACGCAAACAGGGUUUGAUAGCACUAAACUAGUUCAUUUCAAAAUUCAGCUUUAGAAUAAUGAGCAAUUUCAUGUUAUGCCUUAAGUCCAAAAAAAGGUAAACUUUGAAGAUUGUUUGUAUCUUUUUUUAAAAAAAACAAAACAAAACAAAAAUCCCCAAAAUACAUACAAAUGAUGGAGAUGAAAAGAGAAUGCUGUUCUGUUUGUCUUGCCAGUGUUCUGUUUAAAAUGUGGACACAACCAAGGCUGUGACCCGCUUUAGGUCUGAGUAAGCUGAAGCUUAUGUUAAGUUACAUGAAAUUGAAGAAGAAUGAAAAUUCUUAUUUUCCCAUUGCUGUUCAGACUUAUGUUUGAAGUAGGUAUUUUAACUCAUGCACUUGGGGCGAAGGGACUCGCUUUUUGCUUUGAACAAACAACCUUUGGACGUGGGGUCUCACCUGCAGUUUUGAAAGCAGUCAAAAAUGAUAACCUGCAGACAGCUGCAUUUUGUUGGGUUUUGUUUUUUUAUUGGUUUUUUUUCUGGACAGUAUUUACAAGGAUCUGACUUAUUUCCUAGGGAAAUUCUGGGCUCGCAUCAAGUACAGCAGUGACCAUAGAGGAAGGAGAGCAGGGAGCUCCUGUUCCUGACUUGUACAGUAUUCACUUUAAGCUGAUUGUUUCUCCUUUUGCAAUUGAACUGAAUACUUUUUUUUUCAUGCAUGUUUUCCAGAAAAUAGAAGUGAGUAUUAAUGUUAUUAAAAAGAUUAUUUUUUUUUAUUAAAGGCUAUUUAUAUUAUAGAAACUAUCAUUAAUAUAUAUUCUUUAUUUACAUAAUCUGUCCCAUAGUCAUGCAUUGUUUUGCACCCCAAAUUUUUUUAUUGUUGGCAACAGCAUGGUUAGCUUUUCUCUUGGUCUAUAGAUGAGGCUCAGGCACUAUUCCAUUUAUCCAGAUACCCCUAUAUGACUCCUUAAGGAACAGAUUGAACUGCACACGCUUUCUUUUCACUGCUGUCUGAUUUUACAUGAUGCCCUCAUCGUCCAUCAUCUAUAGUUGAGAAUGGCACAAUCAUAUGAAACCAGUUACUAAAAUGAAUACAAAGUAGACUAUCAUCCUGACUCUUAAAUCCCUCUACUGAGGUCUGGUCAUGAAUGACUUUUUAUAUUAUGAGAGACUAGAAACCAUGAAUUUUUUUUACCUUCGUAAGCUAUCUAUCCAUAUCUCAAUGAUAAAAGUAGGACAUUAACCCAUGUUACUGUCAUGUCCCAUUUCCAAGUGGUCAGGUCUCCAGCUUCAUUAAAUCCCACUCAAGCACAGAUUGCGUUAUUAAGCAUUCUGAAAAGCAACCAUCCAAGAUGUAGGGCUAAUGUUAGUGGUCACUCUAGAUUUCUACUCAGUGUUUGAAUGAUUCAUGUCCUAGAAAAUAGCUUUAGCAGAUGUUCAGAUGCUACACCAAAAAGGAAAAAAAAGAAAAAAAAAGAAUAAAUAAAAAGAAAAAAAUAAAAAAUGUGCAAUAAUUUACUGACAGUUCCUAACUUAGGCGUGUUACUGGAGAGCGUCUUUAUGAAGAGCGCAUACUACGCUCUAGAGAACAGAAUCCCUUUACAGCGCUCAUCCGUGAGGUCAGACACCUAUGUAGAAGUUUUGAAUAGUGAACAGGGGACUCUAAUAAAAAUACUCUUAAUAUCUGGCUAUUUUAGAACCCUUAAAGGGCAUAAUUAUUGAAGAUUUAGGUACUUCAUUAAAGCAUGUAUAUAUUAUUGCCAACAAGAAAAAUAAACCUGAAGAUUAGGGAACUUAGUUCUGUAAACUGUCUUGGAAUAGUUAAGCAGAAUUUAAACUCUGUUUUAAGCAGAAAACCAGAUAGCUUCUUUUGCAGAUAUAGAAAACUUCCUAACUUAUUUAAACUUGGCAUUUAACACUUUGUGUUACUUAGAUAAUGCAGUUGCUAGGUACUAACAUCCCAUUCUUUUCUAUAUCAGGGAUUAUUACAGUCAAACUCAGUGACAUGGUACAGAUCUACAGCUUUGAUGGUGGAAAUUGAAGAAUUACAGAGAACUGUGUUUUCCUGGGUGCCAAAAAAAAAAAAAAAAAGCCGCGAGCCUCCUUGCACAAAAUUGAUAGGUUUUGUUUGGUUGUUUGUUUUAGUUUUUUGGUGUGUGUGUGUGUGUGUGUGUGUGUGUGUGUGUGUGUUGUUUUGUUUAAGCAUUAGUUUAAUUAGUUGCCCCAGUUUCACCUUCCAGGGUCUCUGCACAAUUAAAACACAGCCACAUAGCUUAUUUUGUCAUUUACAACUACAUUAAUUCUAUUUGAGAGAAAAAUCUGUAUUCUAUAAAGAGUUUAAGCAAAGAAAGGAGAAAGGUUGUAUUAAAAAAAGACAAAGACCAAACUUGAAUUGAAGCUCGGGUGAUCAAAAUCUGUUUUCAGAGAGCAAUAAAAUGUGCCACUCCCUGGUGCUUCAGUAGUAGAAAGACCCGUCACCUCUGUACAUGACCAUCCUUGACACUGAAUAUUGUGUAAAUGACUUUGGCUCCAUAAUUUCACUAAGUCACUUGAGGAUGUUCCAUCAGUAAUUAUUUCUGGAAGGAAAGAAAGCAAAUCUAAAGAAAGAAACUAAAUAACACUAACUCAAAUCAUGCUUUAACUUUUUACCAUCUUCACAGCUAUACGAGACCUUUAGUUGGAGAGUUUUAGACUGCUGUUAAUUUGAAAUCUGUUCAUCUGUGGAGUUUGAUUUGUUUGUUUGUUUGCUUUCUGUUUGGUUUUAAAGAUGUUUCUAAUUAGAUUUUUUAAAAGAAGAAUGGAAUCUGGUUGCUAUUUUAUGGUAGAACCUGAGACUUUUUGUGGUUCUUCAUGUCCUCUGUAAAACUUGGUGUCAGAGUCAUCAACUUUAAGGUUGUCCCUUCUAUUCUGCUUUAUAUUACUGCCCAUCAGGAAAUGGGAACCUGGUGAAUAUAUAAUGAAUUGUAAAAUAUUUUAAUGUGUAACUUUUUCAACUGUGAAACUGACUGUUGGUUUUUUUUUUUUUUUUUUUUUUUGAUGAAAACAGCUGCUGAUAAAGUAUUUUGUGUAAAGUGUAGUUCUUAUUAAUCAGGAAUGAUUACUUGAUUAGAUGUGCAUGCCCUCUUGAACUUUAUCUGAAACAGAUUGGUAAUCAUCACAUAGACAGAGCACAGUCCCUCUGUGUUUUCUGCUGUCAGGAACUAAGCUGGCAUCACAGAAAAGAUGAGGAGCCUGUCUUUAGGGUACAGUGGAAACCUCACAGCACAUAAACCUUGGUUUGUUUCUUAACAUAAUUUUUGUCAUUUUGUUUGAUUUAUACUUCAGUCAGUAGUCCAUGCUUGCCAGCUCUUUGAAGAAAUGUAAUUUCCAGCAACAUGUUAAACCUUCUAUGUUAAUCUUUUCUGAGUAUUACAGUUUCCACUUUUUUCUGUGUCUGUGCAAACUGCAGGCGUGGGCUGGAUCCACCUUAAGGAAUUAUUUUUGUGUCCACAACAUUGCUAAAAUAUCCAUUCAAAGGCAUUUUGUGGCAUCUUAGAUUGUAGUAUGUCUGCUUCAGGUGUUGGGGGAAGGGAGAUGUGGAGGAGGGGCCUAAGCAGGGGAAAUCCCAGAGGGGCAUGUCCAAAGGAAGGCUGGAAGUUAUGGGGAUAUAUUGCACAAGGAAUCGCUUCCAGUUUGGAAUUUUGAAGGCUGAACCCAGUCUUGACAGCAUCUUUAAGAGCAAGCAGUACAGAGCAGUACAGCUGAGCUGUUUAAAACAAACAGCAUUUCAGUUAAAACUGUAAACAGAUUUGCGUCAUGGCCUAAGAAACUAUACAUACAUAUAUAAGUUGGUUUUACUCUCUGAAAAGAUGUUGGGCUCAAGCUGAAAAGAAUCGUACUCCUGAUAACCCUGGUAGCUCCAUCUCCAAAUGUUUGUAAGGAAAGUAGCCAAGUUGCUACUCGAUACCUCAGUACGCACAGUACAGUAGCACCGGCAUUUUAGGUUUACAAGUCAGACUUUGCAUGCCUUGCUAUACAUGGUACAGGAGACGGUUAGGGGGUUUGGGGAUGGGGCUAAAUUGUAUGGUUCCAGCCACUUUGGAAAAGCUACGUGGUCAGAGCAACUCAUGGUACCAGUUCUUGAGUCUGACAUCCACAGCUCCUUUGUUCUGCUUUAUUGUUAGCACUAGUCAGGGAUACUUAAUGAAAGGUGUAAACAGAUAUCAAAGUUCUAAAGUUCAGAAGGGAUUUGAAUUCACUCUGAGACACCCAGGUUGGCCUGGAGUCUUGAAUGAGUUAGUGUGGACUCUCCUCCGUUGAUUACGCAGUGCCUUUUUCUCUGCUUGGCUUUUGACUAUGGCAGGGUCUCAACCAUGUGCUUGUUAGAGCAAAAGGAAUGGGAGGCGGAAGGAGAUGAAUGUUGGUGGGCAGGAUUAAAGUGAAUCUCUGUAUAGUGUAUUGUUAGGGCUGAUUUUCAUUACUAACAACAGUGGACUCCAUUCUUCAUGGUAGUAAUUAUAAAAAGGAAAAAUAUUUUAUAAGCCAAGUGCACUUUCUAUAAGCUCAUUUCAUGUGCCAUAGUAAUAAUUUUGUGGAAGAAGUAUAUAUUUUUAGGUUAUCGUUUUUGUUGAUCAAGGUUAACAAAGAGGCAGAAAAUGUUCAGUGUCCUACUAAUAUAUGGGAAUGUGGCUCAGUGUCAGAGAGCCCAACAAGUAUGCAUAGAGUCCUGGGUUUGAGCCCCAGCACCUCAUACAGAGUAACUUCACCACUUAGGAGGUAGAGGCCUGAAGAUUAAAAGUUCAAGGUUAUUCUCCACUUACAUUACUAAGUUCAGAGCCAGCCUAGGAUACUCUUGCCUCUAGAAAGUCCCUACUAAGCUUCUUAGUUCUAGUAUGAAUUUCAAAUGUAGCUACGUCUAUUGAUUGUUCCUAGGAGUGGCUAGAAAGUGUGGCUUUUAUAUUUCUAGAAAUGUCUUUAGUUAUGGAACCAAAGGAAUUUGUGGUGGAGAGGAUGGUGGAUUUCCUAGGGUUCUGUCGUUUUAUUGUUGGCAGAGGGUCUCACCGUAGCCCAAGCUGGCCUCAAACUCAAGAUUCUGUAGUCUUAGCUCCAUAGUGCUGAGAUUACAGAUCCUGUACCUCACACCAGCUCCAAGAGCCCAAGUUUCAAAUUCAGUUGAUAGUUUUAUUGUCAUUUAGUCUUUGGCUAAAUAAAAACUUUUAAAAAAUCAAUUUAAAAAAAAAACAUUGCUGGGCUAGAGAGAUGGCUCAGCAGUUGAGGGGACUGUCUGCUCUUCCAGAGGUCCUGAGCUCAAUUCCUGUUAACCACAUGGUAGCUCACAACCAUAUAUACUGGGAUCUGAUGUCCUCUUCUGGCAUGCAGCUGUACAUGCAGAUAGAGCACUCAUACAUAAAAUAAGUAAAUAAAUAAUUUUUAAAAAUUGCUUUUGAACACAACACUUUAAUAUCUUGGGGAAUAUAGCACUAUGAAAAGAUGACUAUACACCACUUGUGCAAGGAGCUUGCCCCUCCCUUUUCUGCCAGGUUGCUUCUUUCCAUUUGUUGUUCAUUCAUGAGCUGAUGUUGUGUGUAAGAGGCACCAGUUAGAAACAUUCUUAGUGUUCUUUUAAACCUAGCCCCACAAAUACUUAGCAUAGCAAGGCUCCAUGUGCUGUUCACUUAGAACAGCCUUUCUCAACCCGGGAGUCAAACUUCCCUUUCACAGGGGUUGCCUAAGACCAUUGGAAAACACAAUAUUUACAUUAUGAUUCAUAACAGUUAUAAAGUAGCAAUGAAAAAUUUUCUGGUUGGAGGUUACCACACCAUGAGGAACUGUAUUGAAGGGUCGCAGCAUUAGGAAGCUUGAGAAUGACUGACUUAGAACAUAGAUGACUACAACUCACUAAGAUAAAGACCUCUUUUGUAGUUCUGUUCCCAGGAAGGAGUUCAGCCUGUGGCUACACUCACUGUCUUCUGUUCACCACUGUCAGUGUCUGCUUGUCCCUAACUGCAGUCUGUAUCAUCAUGCUGUUCAUUAAAAUGAAAGAAAAUUUA